CUCGAUAGGACCGGCUGUAGCUCAUGUGAAUCGACUCUUCGAAGAGAAGUACAGGGAGAGAAAGGUAGAGCUUGAUGGAGAAAAAAUUCGGAUUUGGGGGAUUUGGAGGGUCCUUGAAGGUGGACAGUGUGCAGGCUCUCGCUGCAAAUUUGGGGCCAGAGAUUCCGGAGAUAUAUGUCAGGCCGGAGAGGAAGGAAGAUAUAGUCGCCGGCGACGAAGAAGACUCCGGCGAAAGCUUUCCAGUCAUUGAUUUUGGCAGGUUGUUUGAUUCCAAGUGCUCUGAGGAGGAAGCUGCAAAGCUCCACUCGGCCUGUCAAGGCUGGGGCUUCUUCCAGCUUGUAAAUCAUGGGAUACCUGAAGAUGUAAUAAGCAAACUGAGACAAGACACUGAAGAGUUCUUUAAACUUCCAUUAGAAGAGAAAGAGAAAAUUGCUCAAUUACCGGGCCAAACAGAAGGCUAUGGCCAAUUUUUAGUUCAAUCAAAGGAACACAAGCUUGACUGGGCAGAUAGGCUUGGCUUUGUAACAUUUCCUCCAAACAACAAACAAUUGAAGUUUUGGCCCACUAAUCCGCCUUCUUUCAGAGAAACUAUUGAUGCAUAUGCAAUUGAGAUAAAGAAAGUGGCUAAUGGCCUCUUAAAAAUGAUAUCAAAAAAUCUGGGACUUGAAUUUGAGAAGUUUUAUGAUAUAUUCAAGGGAGGUAUUCAAUAUUUUAGAUUCAAUUACUAUCCUCCAUGCCCAAGUCCUGAGAAAGUCCUUGGCCUCUGUCCUCACUCUGAUCCUAUGGGAUUGACAAUAUUACUACAAGUAAAUGAUCUGCAGGGGCUGCAGAUUAGAAGAAAAGAUAGAUGGCUCCCAGUUCAAGUUAUACCUGGAGCUUUGAUUAUCAACAUUGGCGACAUCAUUGAGAUACUAAGCAACAGGAAAUAUAAGAGCAUUGUGCACAGGGCGGUUGUGAACAAUGAGAAGGAGCGACUGUCUGUUGCUGCAUUUCAUUCACUUAAUAUUGGUGAUUUGGUGGGGCCAAUCCCGGAGAUAGUGAAAGGAGAUGAGUUGCUUUAUAAGAGCUUGCAAUAUGAAGAGUAUUUCAAGCAGGUCGUAGCUAGUAAACUGGAAGGGAAGACUAUAUUGGAUCACAUGAAAUUGGACAAAUAAUUUUCCUACUAACUUAUGGAGAUAUGAUUUCAGUAAGGAACUUGUUGCCUCUUUGAGGGUGUUUAUUAUACCAUAAAUGGCAAUAAAUCUAUGCAAAAUAAACUUAUCAUAUUUAAUCACAGUAGUUCUGUAUAAU